CUUUGUUCAUCACUUGUACUCCACUCAAUUAUGCUUUUUACUGAUGUGUGUCAGUAUCAUAUGUUUAAGACAAAAACACAAAUGUGUACAAAAUGUCCCCACCUAUGGGUGAUCCCAUCAAAUGGUUAUCCUAACCAGAACAAGGGUAACGCCAAAGUGAGCGAAUCCCAUCGAACAGAAAUGGCUGGCAUUUUUACAAACAAAAUAUAUUGCAAAUAUCAUAAAAUAACACCAAGGCCAUUAUUUUCAAAAUGGUUGCUCACUAGCCAAGUUAUCAUCAGAAGAAGUAGCCACAUAUAAAAUUUUAAAAAAUCACACACACGUACAUGUAAAUGCUGGCCAUUUUUUAAAAUGGCCACCUACUACCCAAAAUGUCAUAAGACAGUAUGCAAUCCUUACAAGUAUUCACAUAUCAAAUAUGAACAAAAUUGCUCUAUUACUUUUUGAAUUAUAAUAAAAAAUGUAAAAUAACACACAUAAAAAUGGUGGCCAUUUUUCCAAAUGGCCGACUACUCCCCAAAGUUUUAUGUACCAUGUGCCAUGCUUAAAGUAUUCACAUAUCAAAUAUGAACAAAAUUGCUUCAAUACUUUUCGAGGUUUAGUAAAAAUGUAAAAAUGAC